AUGUCUGAUUUCACCACGAUUCUGGGAUUAAGCGCGGUCGCCAUUCUCGGGUUCUUCGUCCUGUUUACUCAACACGCGAAACUGGAUCCCCGCGAGCCACCUCUGGUUCCAAGCACAAUCCCACUGGUUGGCCACCUGAUCUCCUUUCUCAUCCAUGGAAUUGAAUACUUCGCUGCAGAAAGUGGUAAACACUCUCUGCCGGUUUUCACCAUGAAAAUUCUCAAGGAAAAAGUGUAUAUCAUCACAUCUCCAGACUUACUCCCUUCCGUGCGGCAUAACCGCAGCUCCAUGUCAUUCAACCCGCUCUUCACAGCCAUGGCAGAACGGGCUGGGGGUAUUCGAAAGCCUGGUCUGCAGCUUCUUCGAGAGGAAGAACUGGGGGGCCAGGGCCUUGCGAAGAAAACGGUGGAAGUGAUGCGCCCUGCACUGCUCGGCAAUAAACUGGACCAUCUCAAUGAGCAGAUGAUCCAUGUCGUCAGACAGAUUGUCGAUCAAGUAGUUUCGAUUCCUACUGGUUCAUUGGACUUAUAUGAAUGGUGUAGCGAGGCACUCACGCUUGCCAACAGAGAACAGCUGGUGCAGGCUUUUCUUCAGUUCUACCAAGCGGAUGGUCAUCUUUCUUCAUCUCCUUUAGCCUACUCUCGAUGGGAGGUUCAGCAAGAGGCCGGCGCAACCCUGGAGGACAUCGCAAGAUUAGAGAUACUUACCGGAAUUGGAAUCCUUUCCAACACGGUCCCAAGCUGUUUUUGGCUGCUUUUUGAUAUACUAUCUCGCCCUGAGCUAUUACGCACGAUACAGGAUGAGAUUCAUCAGAAUGCGGUCUCUAUCGACUCCACAGGAAUCCAUACGCUUGACUUGGCAGAUAUCCGGGGAAAGUGCCCGACGCUCCUCUCGUCAUUCCAGGAGACCCUUCGAACGCGUUCUAACUCCGGCCAGGUCCGCGUGAUCUAUCAAGAUACAUUAUUGAAUGAUCGCUGGCUCCUGAAGGCCGGUUCAACUCUCCUAAUUCCUGCGCCAACCAUCAACAAAAAUAGCUCAACGUGGGGAUUGGACUCCGGGGACUUCAACUCCCAGCGCUUUACCAAGACCGCUUUGCAAACGGACAAGAAAUCCAAGGCAUCUGGCUUUUUAUCCUUUGGAUUAUCUCCCCAUAUCUGCGCUGGGCGCCAUUUUGCAACAGGAGAGAUCUUGGCUCUCGUUGCGUUACUUCUUGUGCGAUAUGACAUUCGUCCCAUUCACGGCUCUUGGACCGAGCCCAAAACGAAUGCGAAGGCCGUCGCUGCAUCGCUUCCCCCCGCAGCUGAAAGGUUUGAGGUAACUGCCGUCGAGAGACCGGAAUAUAAGGGGGUGGCAUGGAGGACGACUGUCACCCCUGGAAAGGGGACAUAUGGCCUGAUAAUUGGAUAA